AUGGCCAUGAUCACUCUCAUAACCGUCCCGCUCUCCUUCGUCACCAUCACAGGCAACGUCCUGGUCAUGAUCUCUUUUCGGGUCAACCCUCUCCUGAGGACAGUGAGCAACUACUUCCUGUUAAGCUUGGCUGUGGCUGACUUCAUUUUGGGCGCCGUCUCGAUGAACCUCUACACUACCUACAUCCUGAUCGGCCACUGGACUUUAGGAAACCUAGCCUGUGAUGUGUGGUUGACUGUGGAUUAUGUGGCAAGCAAUGCUUCUGUUAUGAACCUGCUGGCCAUCAGCGUCGACCGCUAUCUCUCUGUCAUGCGACCUCUGACCUAUCGGGCCACUAGAACGCCCAGAAGAGCCGCAGUGCUGAUUACUCUAGCGUGGACCGUCUCAUUCGUGCUUUGGGCUCCUGCUAUUUUAUUCUGGCAGUAUAUAGUGGGUGAACGUACUGUUCCAGAGGAAGAGUGUUCAGUGCAGUUCCUGUCUGAGCCUGUGAUCACAUUCGGGACGGCCAUCGCCGCCUUUUACCUCCCGGUGAGCGUGAUGGUGGCGUUAUACUGGCGGGUGUACCGCGAGACAGAGAAACGCUCUCAGCAGCUCGCUGGACUCAUGGCUUCACAGGGAGGACGCACGGGAAACACAUCUCAGAGAUCUUGUCACAGCAACUCUCGCAGCGUUGAAGACGUCGGACCACAAACAGACCAGAAGCAGCUCAAGAAGACACACAGCAGCAUCUGUCCAAUCCUCACCCGUCGGACAGCAGCGUGGUGGAAGAAACGCAGGCAAAGAGACGAGAUGUCCAGCUCGUGUACCACAUACAGCCAUCCACAGAUGAACACAGACCGCGCUUCUCCAACACCAGACGAUAAUCCCAAAUACAUCCCACUCGUUCGGAUGGAGGAGACUGCAGUCAGUGAUCUUGACGCCACCAAGAGGAGCUUUGACUCAGGAAGUCAGAAUUCCCUGGAUUCCCGAAUGAAUCCUGCCACGCACGCUCCCGCUCGCCAGCAGACCCGCAGAGCCCGGACCUCAGGUCUGAUUCGGGAGAAGAAAGCGGCCCGGACCCUCAGUGCCAUUCUCCUGGCUUUCAUUGUAACAUGGACACCUUACAACAUCAUGGUCCUGGUCUCCACUUUCUGUGAGGACUGCGUUCCUGAGGGACUGUGGCAGCUGGGAUACUGGCUCUGUUAUGUCAACAGCACAGUGAACCCUGUCUGCUACGCGCUCUGUAACAAGCACUUCCGGGUCACCUUCAGAGCGCUGCUGCUCUGUAGGUGGAAGGAGCAGAAGAAGGGGAUCAGAUGGACCCCGACAGGCACUGGCUGAUUACAUCACGAAUCGGGUUUUCUCUUCAUGAUAUCAGUGAUUCGGCACUGGCUGAUCUUUAUUA